UUUUCUUGAGAAAAUACAACUUUAUUCACGUAAAUUCUAUACAUAAUGCCGGUGCACUAUAGAAACAUUUCCAAACAGUCUAUAUAAAGUGCAACAGUUGUAAGCUGAAAACUAGAGCAAGCUUUUCUUGUCUGCUGAAAACCCUAAAAUAAUCACCAUAGUCCACUAGAACCUAGAGGAAAUGAAAUCGUAUAUUUUGCUAGUCGCUUUAAUUUCACUCAGCGCUGUCGCGGCUCAUCAGUUAAAGUCCAAUAAGUCAACCCAAGCCCACCAGUUCUACGAGGAUUGCUUGAAAGAGUCUGGAGCAAGCGCCGCGCAGUUGGAUGCUUUGAAGAAGGGUGAUUUCAACGCGGUCGAUGAUAAAGCGAAAUGUUUUCUAAAAUGUCUACAGAACAAGAAAGGAAUUCUAGAAAAUGGCGUGCCAAAUGAAGCAGCUAUCCAUAAGGUAAUGACGCCGGCGGUUGGUAAUAGUCCACCAAAAAAUACGCUAGCCAAAUGUAAUGGCUUGAAGGGUGCCAACGAGUGUGAUACCGCCUUUCAGAUAUAUAAGUGCUAUCGGCAAGAGCACGUUGGCUUGAUUUGAAUCUUUAUUCUCAAUACAAUAUUGUAAACGAAGCUUAAGAAUAUUUAAAAUAAA